GAAAGAGAGGGAGGGAGGGAGACCAGUAUAGAGACCCUUUCUCUUUUUCGAACGAUCAGUCCACAGGAGCUCCUCUGCCUGACAGGACUCAGCCGCCUACCGUUCUACACUUUUAAACAUACCCGCUAUCACGACGCACGAGCCGAAGACAGAUCACAGUGUCAGAGACUCAUUCUCACAUCUCAAAAAGAAAAAAGAGGACCACCGAUCCAAUCAGCGCGGCUCGCACACAUGCAUACCCGCCAGCUCUGAGGAGGCUGGGGUCCAAGCUGGAGAGGCAAGGUGAGAAUGGAAUGGAAUCUCAGAAGAAUGGAAAGUGAACUGAGACACAUCAACCCAGACCUGCUGCAGCCCAGCAAGAGCUUCAAGAAGCCCACGUCAGGCACGAUCACGAUCAACGUCGGGGGCUUCCUGUACACCGCUCACCGGAGCACCCUCGCUAAGCACCAGGGUACCUUUCUGGAAGAGCUGGCCAAUGGUAAGAAGCCCGUCCAGCACAUGGAUUCCAUGGGAAACCCCUUCAUUGACAGAGACGGUCCAGUUUUCCGGCAUGUGCUCAACUACCUGCGAACCGGAGAGCUCCAGCUACCCGACGACUUCCGGGAGGCGGGGCUCCUCCGAAGAGAGGCCGAUUUUUACCGUCUGGUUGAACUUGUCGAGGCCGUGGCUGAGUGGGAAAGUCACAGGGCUGCCCAGCGGGAGCCUGCCUUUUUGGAGAUGACAGAUAGCCACGAGAGGUCACAAGGCCUCAAGGUGUACUGCAGCGAUCACACCUUCAUCGAAAAGGUCAAAGGCCGGCUGGUGCAGAUCUCAAAGAGUCGCCUGGAUGGGUUUCCGGAAGAAUUUGAGGUGUCUUCCAACGUGAUCCAGUUCAGACAUUUCAUCAAGUCGGAGCCGGGCUCGCGGCUCGUGCUGAAGGAGGACAGCACGUUCUUGUGCACGCUUGACUGCCUGAAACUCGAGACCGUGAUGCUCGCCUUGAGAUCUGGCUUCAGGUUGGUCACCAGCCUGGACAGCAGCAAAGGCUCUGUCGUGGCAGCUGAAGCCCUGCAUUUUGUCAAAUAGGCUGAGAGGGAGUUUGGAAGAAAGAAGAGAGGUGUGACACCCAGAGGGGGAGAAAAAAAAAUAGAAGCAGUGCCUGAUUACACCACCACCCCUCCAACAUUUGAUUUUGACUUGAAGGUCUCGUAAUACAUGUUGAGCUGUGAUUUGUUAUUAGUGGAAAAAGAAGAGUUCAAGAAGAGUGUGCUUUCACUUGAUGUUUAAACCGUAUCUUCACAAUUCAUUGCACAACGUUGGCCCACAAUCAAAGCAUUUAAUCGGCCAGAAUAAUUUGAGUGGCAUCAUCUGCAAGGAAUGCUAUUUUGGUUUCAAUGUUUGUUCUGCCAGUCAGUCCAAUUGCAUUUAAUGGUCCGAUGCUAAUUUGACUUUACAUCAGUCCCCACAAGUGCAGUGAAGACGGCACAGUAACCCCUUUGACAUCAAAUUGAAAAAAAAA